UCUGGCUGGAGCCGAGCAGGACGACGGGUACAAGCGGAGCCGAGCCGGCGCCAUGGGCGGCCUGACGGCGGCUCGGGCCGCUCGCAGGGCAGUGUUGCUGCCCACCAUGCUGACUUUCGGUGUGAUCGUGGCGUCGGGCGGGCUGUUGCUCAUGAUCCAGAAGGGCAUGUUAGCCGAGGUGGACACGUUGAGCGGCCGCACGUACGGACCCCGGAGCCGGGGGAGCGGCGGAGCUAAAGCCGGCGUCAGCACAAGUGAGGACUGGAAAUGGAGUGAGGACCCGGACUACCAGAUUAUUCAAGAGAUUCGGAACAGAACUCUUCAGGGUGUAUGCAAACAUAAAACUAUGCCACAUAGUAUUUUGGAUUUAACAUCAUCCCAGCGACGGAAUUUACUGAAACACAUCCUGGUCAAUGAUGAAUAUAAGUUUUUGUAUUGUUAUGUACCCAAAGUUGCAUGUUCUAACUGGAAACGUGUUAUUAAAGUUCUGAGUGGUGUGUUGGACAAUGUGCAUGUGCAGAUAAAAAUGGACCACAAGAAUGACCUGGUCUUCCUUGGAGAUUUAAAGAACAGUGAAAUUAAAUACAGGCUGAAACAUUACUAUAAAUUCUUGUUUGUUCGAGACCCAAUGGAGCGAUUGUUGUCAGCUUAUAGAAACAAGUUUGGAGAAAUUGAGGCAUACCAGCGGAGAUAUGGAAUGGAGAUAGUGAGAAGGUAUAGGAAAAGUGUGGGACAGUCCAAGGGAGAUGAUGUUACUUUUACAGAAUUUCUUCAGUACUUGGUGGAUGAAGAUGUGGAAACAAUGAACGAACAUUGGAUGCCAAUUUACAAUUUGUGCCAGCCCUGUGCUGUGACAUACGACUACAUUGGUUCUUAUGAACGGUUGCAAAGUGAUGCACGCCAUGUACUCCAAAGUGUUGGGGCACCACAAAGUGUUGAGUUUCCUCAAAGGCAGGCAUGGUAUAAACCUAUCACUAAGGAGACAUUGCAUUACUACUUGUGUAAAGUGCCACAAGGACUUCUGAAUGAACUUUUACCAAAAUAUAUUCUAGAUUUUUCAUUAUAUGCUUAUCCUCUUCCAAAUGUUACAAGUGAAUUUUGCAGACAUUGAAGGGCUUUGUUAUCUAUGCUGUGUGGGUGGGAAAUAUUUUUCCUAUUUAUAUUCUAAAUACUAACUAUGAAAGGGUCAUUGGCACUACAGAAAUAUUAUACCAUUUCUUUUGUGUGAUGUCAUUAUAUACACAUACAACACUGGGAUCGUUAUCUCCAUGAAGUGAUGACAAUCCCUGCCUCUAACCCAAAACAUUUUAAGACUUGAGUUUACCUAUCACUUGUUGGUUUUGAGAAAUCAAUAUUGAAUUUUGUGGGUUAUUACCCAGGACCAGUAUUACUGUCAAUAACUGUUUUUCGUCUUCAAAGUCAUUGCUUCAGGUGGUCUAAAGAAACAAAAACAAUCUGAGCUUUUUGAACAUUUUAUCCUUCUUUCCCUGUAUGGAUACAUACCAUUGGUUUCAUUUUACUUUAUUUCCUUUGCUCUUCAAAUAUAUGUUUCCACAUAUUCUUUUAUCAAUAGAAUAUUCUGCAGUUAUUUGUCAGUUUACUUGAUCAUUGGCAUAAGGUAGUACUCAUUACAAUUUCCUUUUGUAUAUCAUCCAAUCCCACCCACUGUCAAAAUCUGAACAGAAAACAACACUGGGACAUAAAAGGUAUUUUUCCAGAUCAUUGUUUUCCUUUCAAUCUUACUUUUUUAAUGUAAAAAACAGGUCUCAAACCUUGAAUCAGUGAUAUUUCUAGCCUCUGGUUUUUAAUUCUGGCAACAUGAUAAAAGCCUUAAUGAUGCCAUAUAGAAUUGGCUGUCACUGACCACGUAUAUGUACAUAGAUUUGACAUCUUUUGUAAACAAAAUUUGUACACAGUGCAAUAAACCCCUGUGCUCUUUGCUUAUGCUGCCCCCUAAUGAAGAAGUUGCAUGGAACACCACUUGCUUUUACAGAAUGGUUGGAGAGGAGUUAUAUGUAUAAGUUACAAAAGCUGAUAUCAGUUGAGUGGAAUACAGUUAAUUGGGAGCAAGUAGGGCUGAUGGUAACAAUUUUUAAAAUGGGUAUAUUUUUAUUAAGAUAUUACAGGUCAAAUAAAAUAUUACCACUUUUA